UUGCCACAUCUAUUUUCUGGCACCGCACCGUGAAACAUUUUGGUGUGUUGGUCGAUCCAGCCGUGGUUAAUUUUGGUUGAUUUUCAGCUGCCCGUGUACUAGAAACGAUUGUUGCUGUUGUAUCAAAUGCAACAUGUAGUUUCAAUUUGGAAAAAUAAACUGCCUGACCAACUAUUUGCUCCUCUUGCUUAACAGUAUCAGAAGGGUCCGUGUCCUGGAAAUAGGAUAGGAGACAUGACAAUGAGAAGGUGUCAGACAGGUCCUGGUCCUGUUUUGGCUGCAAGGAGUCCUGGUUUGGGCAACGUUGACAAUCUCCAUGAGAGUUCAAGCUUAUCUAGGAGCUGGGAUUUGAACAGACAGAUUGAUGAUGACCGUGAUGUACUCAUAGAAUGUAGAGAUGUCCAUAAGUCAUUUGGAGAGAAACAAGUAUUAAGAGGUGUUAGUUUCAAGAUUAGACAUGGUGAAGCAGUUGGGAUAAUUGGACCUUCAGGGACGGGAAAAUCAACUAUAUUGAAGGUUAUGGCUGGGCUGCUUGCUCCGGACAAGGGUGAUGUAAUCAUUUGUGGAAAGAAAAGGCAUGGUUUAGUUAGCGAUGAGGAUAUAGAGGGUCUCCGCAUUGGUUUGGUCUUUCAAAGUGCUGCACUUUUUGAUUCUCUCACAGUUCGUGAAAAUGUUGGAUUCCUUUUAUAUGAAAAUUCAAGCUUACCCGAGGACCGCAUUGGUAAAUUGGUGACAGAAACUUUGGCUGCAGUAGGACUAAAGGGUGUUGAAGAUCGUAUGCCAUCCGAGUUGUCUGGUGGAAUGAAAAAGCGUGUUGCUCUAGCACGUUCGAUAAUAUUUGAUGAUACAAAGGAUGUAGUGGAGCCAGAGGUCCUUUUAUAUGAUGAACCUACAGCUGGGCUCGACCCGAUUGCAUCAACUGUCGUGGAAGACCUUAUACGUUCUGUGCAUAUGACUGGACGGGAUGCCCUUGGCAAGCCAGGAAAAAUAGCUUCCUAUGUUGUUGUGACCCAUCAGCAUAGCACAAUAAGAAGAGCUGUUGAUAGGUUGCUAUUUCUUCAUGAGGGGAAGGUUGUUUGGGAAGGAAUGACACAUGAGUUCACAACAUCAGCUAAUCCAAUUGUUCAACAGUUUGCAUCUGGUAGUUUGGAUGGACCCAUAAAAUAUUUUUGAAGACCCAACCCAGUAGUGAAUGAAGCAUAGGUGUUUUGUUACACCCUCUUAAAGAUCAUCCCAACAAAAUCUAGAGCAUCAAGAAUCCAACAAUAUCUGGAGCAUCAAGAAUCCGAAAUGGGGGGUCUAUGGCAGUUGGGAGAAGGAAACACAUUUGGUUUGUCAUUGUUUCAUUGAGUUUAACAGGCAUCUGCAGCAGUAUCAUUCGGUCACGUCACCUUCUAUGCGCAUAAUUGUGGUACCAGCUUGUCAAAUAAGCAUUAGUUUCUAUACACCAUUCUUUGAGGGAAACUGUGCGAGCGAUCCAAGAUAAACUACAUCAUUCGUCAGGAAAACUGAGCUAUCAUGCCAAAAACAAAAAAAAAUACUAAACACCCUUCUUUUAGUCAUUUAUAAACGAGACUGAUGUAAAUGUUUACUGUAACUGUUGCUUAUGGUAUAGCAGCGUCGAUUCCUCAGUAUUCUCAGAUAAUUUUAUUUAUACGUUUGUCUGAA